GAGAUAGUGCUGCUGGACAAGGUGUCCACAGGCUUCCCCGGUGUGGUGCAGCUGCUGGAGUGGCUUGAGCUCCCCAGCUACAUUGUUAUGGUGCUGGAGCGCCCGGAGCGGUGUCAGGACCUGCGGCACUUCAUUCGGGCACGGAGGUUCCUGUCCGAGGAAGAGGCGCGGGAGCUGUUCCGGCAGGUCCUGGCAGCCGUGCGGCACUGCACCAGCUGCGGGGUCCUGCACCGAGAUAUAAAACCGGACAACAUCUUGGUUGACCUGGACACCGGCGAGGCAAAGCUGAUAGACUUCGGCUGUGGCACCUACCUUCAGGAGACAGUCUACACUCAAUUUUCAGGAACACCAUCAUACAGCCCCCCGGAAUGGAACGACUUUGGGUGGUACCAUGGCGAGGCAGCGACCGUCUGGACCCUGGGCAUCCUGCUGCAUGAGAUGGUCUGCGGGGAGCAC